AUGGGUGUUUGGUCGAGGGCUCAUCCCAGUAUAGUUAAACAUAGAGCUGUGAAAGAAUCGUUUAGCAUUCAUGGAUCAUGGCCGCAGAGAGGUGGCAUGCCUACGCCUAACCAUGAUGGUGCUUGUUUUUGGAGCCCCGACCCGACUUCAACUGGGCUUCAAAGACAGCCCAAGCAGGAGUUGUCUAGGAUUCUAAGAACCGAAGCUGCUAUAAACGCUAUUGAACAAAAAGCUAAUUCCAAGAAACACAAUAACCUUUGGCCUAAAGCUGUUUUAGAAGCUCUUGAUGAGGCUAUAAAAGAAAACCAAUGGGAAUCUGCUCUUAAGAUUUUUGAACUUCUUCGUAAGCAACACUGGUAUGAGCCGAGAACCAAAACAUACACCAAGUUGGUGAUGAUGCUUGGCAAGUGCAGGCAACCUGAGGAGGCCAGUUUGCUUUUUGAGGUCAUGCUGUCCGAUGGCCUCAGACCUACAAUCGAUGUUUAUACCGCUCUUGUAAGUGCUUAUGGCAAAAGUGGUCAACUUGACAAGGCGUUUUCUAUUGUUGUUGAAAUGAAAGCAAUCCCUGAAUGCAAACCAGAUGUGUAUACAUAUUCUACACUCAUGAACUGUUGCAUUAAACUUCAUCGUUUUGAACUCAUUCAAGGAAUUUUUGCUGAGAUGUCAUAUCUGGGAAUUGAAUGCAGCACUGUCACAUACAACACUAUUAUCGAUGGAUAUGGUAAGGCUAAAAUGCUUGAAGAGAUGGAGAACGCAUUGACAGAUAUGAUUGAAAGUGGCAGCUCUGUUCCAGAUCUUUUCACAUUUAAUUCCAUCAUUGGGGCUUAUGGGAGCAGUGGGCUGAUAGACAAGAUGGAGAAGUGGUAUAAUGAAUUUCAGUUAAUGGGACUAAUGCCAGAUAUUAAGACGUUUAAUAUACUGAUCAGAUCAUACGGGAAAGCAGGCAUGUAUGGAAAGAUAAGGUCUGUUUUGGAAUUCAUGGAGAAAAGGUUCUUUUCUCCAUCAAUUGUUACUCAUAAUAUCAUCAUUGAGACAUUUGGAAAGGCUGGUGAUACUGAGACUAUGGAAGAGUACUUCCGCAAAAUGAAACAUCUGGGAAUUAAGCCUAACACUGUUACAUACUGUUCUCUUGUUAGUGCUUACAGUAAAGCUGGGCAUACAAUGAAGGUUGAUUCAAUUCUGAGGCAGGUGGAGAACUCUGAUGUGAUACUAGAUACGCCUUUCUUCAACUGCGCCAUCAGUGCCUAUGGUCGAACAGGUGAUGUGGAAAAGAUGUCUAAGUUGUUUCUGGAAAUGAAAGAGAGAAAAUGCAAGCCUGACAGUGUGACCUUUGCUACCAUGAUCCAAGCCUACAAUGCACAAGGAAUGGUUGAAGCUGCUCAAGGCAUGGAGAAUAUGAUGAUUGCAACAAAAAAUAAUUCAGCGUACGUCAUUGUUGUCGCAAUGGUGAUGCCCAUUACUAAUCGCACAGCAACCAUGCACAGGUGA